AUGCACAUCUCAUUUGGUCAACAGCUGGUUGGGCUACUUGCCGUAUUCUCCACGGCAUCCGCCCUCAGCACAACAGUCGCCGAUGCCGACAUCACCGGAGCCAGCACCAAUGUCUCCAGCACCUUCUCCACCAGCGUCACCGGCACUCGCACCAGCACCCCGUUGCCCAACCCGUUAGAAAAGAGGGCCCCGUCCCCAUCAAACCUGGCGUGCUACAACAUACAGAAGAAUUGCAAGAACAACGAGGUUUACGAAGGCGUCAUGGCCUCGAUGGCAGACGGUAUGUGCCAGAAUAGGGAUAUCAAGGAAGUGGUCGCCGGGCCCGACUUUAGGGGGGUGGGCGUUCUAGCAAAGAACAAAUACUGGCUCUCGUAUAACGUCAAGAUAUUGUGGAAGAGCGGCUGUACCAUGCCCGAAGGCACCAUGAGGAUCGACGAACCCGGGUACAAAGUAUCCUGCGCCCAUCUGGUCAAGUCUACGUGGAAUGACUGCAACAACGGCGGCCGUGGCGGCAGUAUUGACUAUGGGUGUCUGCAGUACCACUUCAAUAUCAUCAACGGCGAAGAGGCAGGGAAUGGCUACUGCCGUGACAUUCCGUUCGGCAACUACACGGGCUAG